CAGUCAGUCAUACUCGGUUUCUCUCUCUCUCUCUUUCUCUUUCACACACACUCUCUCAUCCACUCGUUCUCACACACAUUAUCUUCGUUUGUCUGUCUAUUUACUCAUUCGCUCAUUCAUUCUGUAUACACCGUUGUAUAUUAUACACUUACACGCGCGUAUUUGCUCCGUAAGAUCUUAUGGGUAUCUCAUAUCUUACGUCUCUUUCAAUUUCCGUUAAUCGCGUGUUUUCGUGCGUGCAUUUCGUUCGUGCAGAAAUCUUAGGUGUGCUCUCCUGUGUAUUCUAGCUCGUGUCGUCACGUUUCUGUAGUUUUUCGUGAUCGGCUAACUUAGUAUCCAAUUUGCCGGGUUAUGAACGAGGAUUUUCUUUGGAGACAUCACGAAGAGACUCGAGAGGUUACCGUUACGGAUUUUACAUACGAUAGGACGGUGAACGCGUAUCUUAACUGUUAUAUUUUCUCGUCGUUGGAUGUGUAAAAGUCGAGCUGUGAAUGUUCGCGAGUGUUGUCAAAAUUUCGUUCAGUGCCAUCGUCGUUGCUGUUGAUUGUGGUGGUAGUGAUCCUGGUGGUUGUGAUCCCGGUCCUAAUAAUGAUGGGGGUUACAAGACGAGACGAGUGAUUUUCUAAUCUCGUGAGUUUCAAAUUAGGAGAACAUUUCUUAAAGGACUUUCGCGAUUAUCUUCCAGCUUACGAAGAAUUACGCGAACGUGAUUUAUCGAAUAAUGAAACGAGAAAGAUGAGUAAGUUAAAACGUUGACACAGGUGAAAAAUCCAAAUUUGCUAAUAGACUAAUCUCGCGAUACGUGAUAUGAAUCAAAGGGAAACGCGCGUAGGCGUUAGACUGAACAAAUUUCUAACAAGGUCCAAUCGAUCAUCGAUAAAUGGUGUUUUAAGUCGAUCAGUUCGGAAGAAAAGUGCGAGAGCUAAAAUGUUAUCGGUGAAAAUCGCACCCUUACGAGAGUCCACCAGGUGGUAAAUCUUCGAUAGAAGUAGCUGAAGCAGUUAAUUGAACUCGAUGAUCGGCUCGAAUGAGGGGGCGACAAGGGCGGCGAUGGGCCCUUGCGUCGUUUUCGGCAGGUAAUCGUCGUUGGUGCAGGGUGGCUAAAUGAAGAGGAAUCGUUUGGUGGGCCGGUGAUCGAUAGCGGAGCCCGCUUGUCGCCGUGCGAGAUUUGAUUCGCGAUGGAAUUCCUUCCGCUGCUAUUACUUUGGCUCCUGAUCCUUGAGCCAAGCGCCUACUCGCUCUCGAUCAAGAACAGCCUCAACCCGCGGAUCGUGCAAACUCGAUACGGCGAGGUUCGAGGCUUGAUCAGGUCCUUCGAGAACGCCAAGUUCCUCAAACCGAUCGACGUCUACCUUGGAAUACCCUACGCUACGCCACCCGUUGGGAGCAACAGAUUCUCCCCGACAAGAGCGCCGAGCCCUUGGGAGGGUGUCAGAUUGUCAGAUUCGGUCGGUCCGGUUUGUCCUCAAAAACUUCCAGACAUCUCGAACGAGCAAGAGGCUCUCGAGCGCAUGCCUAGAGGAAGACUGGAAUAUCUGAAAAGAUUGCUACCUCAUUUGCGAAACCAAAGCGAAGACUGUCUAUAUUUGAACAUCUACGCUCCUGCUAUGGGCAUGGCAGAAAGUGGUAGGAGACAUCCGGUUGUCCUCUACAUUCAUGGGGAAAGCUACGAGUGGGGAAGCGGAAAUCCUUACGACGGUAGCGUCCUAGCCAGUUACACCGAGCAAGUGAUCGUCACGAUCAACUACAGACUGGGCGUGCUCGGGUUCCUGAACGCCAACGUGGCGCCCGAAACGAAGGCGAGGGUGGCGAAUUACGGGCUGAUGGACCAAAUCGCGGCUCUACACUGGGUCCAGCAGCACAUAGCACUUUUUGGCGGCGAUCCCGAGAACGUUAGCCUUAUGGGACAGGGGACGGGGGCUGCUUGUGUCCAUUUUCUUGCCAUCAGUCCGACCGUCAUAAGAGGUCUGUUCAAAAGGGCGAUACUUCUCUCAGGCAGUGCACUGUCUUCCUGGGCUGUAGUCGAAGAUCCUGUCUUCUAUGCGCUAAAGCUCGCUAGAGCGAUAAAUUGCUCCAUUCCCGAAGACCUACUCAAGGACAACGAGCUGAUAGUCGAUUGCCUAAGGGAAAGCAGCCUCGAAGAAUUGAUGCAGAUCGACAUACAACCACCAACUUUCCUCAGCGCCUUUGGACCGAGUGUCGACGGGGUCGUUAUUAGAUCUGAUUUUCAGAAAGAUCUUUUGUCCUAUCUUGGACCAGAAUUUCAAGGAUUCGGACCAUUACCGAAAAAAGCUGAACACGGAGCACCCAUAACGAGCAAUAAUAAAUACGACCUAUUGUUCGGCGUCACGACCAGCGAGGCUCUUUGGAAAUUUGCAGAGAAGGAUGUGCAUCAAGGAUUCGAGGGUGAAAGGAGAGACAGAAUCAUCAGGACUUACGUCAGGAAUGCUUACGUAUAUCAUUUAACGGAGAUAUUUUAUACGGUCGUGAACGAAUAUUCGGAUUGGGAACGGACUGUGCAGCAUCCGGUGAAUACAAAAGAUGCAUGUGUUCAGGCACUGAGCGACGCACAAUUUGUAGCACCGCUCGUUCAAACUGGCGAUCUUUUCACUCUAAGACACACGAAGAAGCCAAAUAAUCCUCACAUCGCCCCACCACCAGAGAUCGAGAAGGAACCCAUGCCAAAAACCUUCUUUUACGUUUUCGAUUAUCAGAUGAAGGACGGGGACUAUCCACAGAAAAUGGGCUCCGUUCACGGCGAGGAGCUACCUUUCGUCUUUGGUGCUGCGCUCGUAGACGGAUUCGCACACUUCCCAAAGAAUUACACGCGAUCCGAAGUGGCACUAUCCGAGAGCAUCGUUCAAUACUUUGCCAAUUUCGCUAGGACUGGGAAUCCAAAUGGCGUCGAUCAUCACACGAGAAACGACACUGGGCUUUUACCUGCCAGCAGGGAAAAAAGUCGUUUUAGGAGUCUCACGUGGGAUCAAUACGACCCAACACAUCAAAAAUAUCUCGAAAUCGGAAUGAGGCCGAAAGUGAAAAAUCAUUAUCGAGCUCAUCAGCUCUCCGUUUGGCUAAGACUCGUACCGGAACUUCAUCGCGCAGGAAUGGAGGACGUUGAUUCGAGGCACAAUCUGUUCCGAGGACACGCCGAUCCAAGCCUUUACGACGGUUUGGUCAGGCCCGAUCCUUUGAGUAGGAUCACCGAGGAAUUUAAAAGAAAGAAUUUAAGCACCGAACCACCGACCACAACCGAUUACAGCAUCACUACCUGCGUCAGUCUUAUUCAAAGCACGAAUCUUCAAAAUAUGCACAACGCCAGCACCGACACUUUGGCCAGUCUCGAUGCAGCUGGGUACGCCGCAUAUUCGACAGCAUUGAGCGUGACGAUAGCGAUCGGCUGCAGUCUACUUAUAUUGAACGUUCUCAUAUUCGCCGGUGUCUAUUAUCAACGAGACAAGACGAGACUCGAGGUCAAGAGCCUGCAGCAGCAACAGAUGUUGAAUCAACAGUGUGGCCCGCGCGGUUUCACCGAGUUGAAACAACCACCUUCGUCGCAUUCGCAUUUCCCUGGUAGCGGUCAAGUUAUCGUCGACGUUGAAAAUGAAAUGCUAAGAAGAAACGUGAUGAAAGGACCUCCGAACGAGCCUAACACUUUACAAGGCACACACACCCUGCCACAUCAACAUCAUUACCAAAAGCAACAUCAGCAACAACACGCCACGCUUCCUCGUGCUUCGGUAAUGCAGGACAUAAAUGCGCAAACUCAAGGACCACCGAACGGAUCUAUACACCUGACAGUACCGCGUGCUCCACCACCACCCCGUGCGAAGAGUCCUCCAGAAAACCAACCCCUUUUGCAAAGUACAACCGUCUCGAGUCGCGUCUCGCAAGCAACGAUGAGCGAAAUGCGAGUCUGAUGCUUAGACCCCCCUCCGAAGCCGGUCGUCCCGGACGUCCUAACGGCGUCGACCUUGCUCUAAGACUUCUCGUCUUGCUAAUCAAAAAAUAGACGAGGAGAUGGGAGGGGGGGAGAAAGAAGCAACCACUUUACGUACUUUCGCGCCCUACGCGUCAUGCGUAAAGAAAUAGGAAUUUUAUUCAUAUAAUUGGAAGGAAAACUAAUCUGCGACAUCAUCAGCGAUUUCGUUAUUCGACAUCGAACUUAUCGAUUUAACUUAUCAUCGAUCGCUUACUUGGACGAAAGGACAAACAAUCAAACUUACAAUUAGCCUAAAUCAUCUCUUCAAAAUCUAAAUAUAUAUAUCUCUCUCUCUGUAUAGAUGCAAGCUGUUGCAUCAAUAAUAUUUCGAAUUUGCUUAAACUUUGCAAAUGGAAUGAUUCCGAGAGAGAGGAGGAAAUAUACAUUUUUCAUUGUUUUCUAUUCUACAGAGGAAAAUGCAAAAACAAUCUCCCAAGCUCUGACACACAUACACGAAUAUAGAUAUAAAUAUAUAGAGUCCGUCACACGCAUCCUCAGUGGCAGAUUAAACUAAUCCUAAUUAUCCUAAGCGGAUUACACGAAAAUGAUGUUUUUCUAAUAAGUUUAUUUUCUAUGUUAAAUCACUUUAUACCUAAUUAGUACCCAAAAUUUGUAUCGCUUGGGAUCCCGUCCGCUCCCCCUCCUCCCGCCCCACUUGACUUGAUUCGCCACUGCGCAUCCUCCAAUCGAGAAUAGAUUGUUUUUGUUCUAAAUCUUUUUCUAAAUCUUAAUUCUUUCGCAUUGGAAAUAAGUUGAGAAUUAAAAUCUAUCUUAAGAUACGUAUGUACUGUCUUAAACAGGAUAUAUACCGUGUAGGUAUCAACAACACACGAUAGAAGAUAGAGAACAAUUUUCAAAGGCGUAUGAACGAUCAAAAAAUACCUUUCCUCUUCGGUAAUUAAAAAAACAGAGAAAAGAGAUCAAAGUAAACGCGAAAAAAUUCGCAUAUAAAUGACUUACCCAUACCACGAUGUUAGAUGUUCUUUGUAAAUACAUAACGUAACACUUUAUACCGUAAACCCGCCAAAGUUUGCUACUUUCUAAGAAGACGAAGACGAAAAUGAAGACGAAGACGAAAAUGAAGACGAAGAAGGAGAAGAAGGAGAAGAAGGAGCGAAGGAAAAACUUGAAAGCGUAUCGUUUUUUCGUUCGUAUUCCGUUUCUACAUUAAGAAAGAUACUGUGCAUGUGCGCGUGUGAGUGUGCGAGUAAUAAACUAGGAGAGAGAGAGAGAGAGAAAAGGGCUUUGUACAUCUACAAUGAUUCUCCUCGUGGCUAUUAGACGAUCCUUCAAAGUCACAAGCAAAAGCUUGUCUACUCGAUUAUUUAUCUCCUAUCGCGAACACAUCAAUGAUUUAUACGGGAAGUGACACUCCGAAGCGCGAUGCCUAUGAUUUAUUACAGCGUCUGCGCGUGUUUUACCAAAAUACCGCUCUGUUAAGAUUGUAUCUAUUUUAUAUUUACAGACCUUGCUGCACACCCGACUUGACCAUCGAAAAAUCGAUAAUUUAUAAAUGUUGGAUCGUCAAAAAAUCAUUUUACGUAUUAUUAGGGUGUACAAAGCUGUCGUGGAUGCAUCGUUGCAAUUCAUCGGGAAACGAAUGAUUGUUACCAUCUUAUAUUUCAUUUUCUAUCGUAAACGAACACUUGCUCUUAAUUCUAUGUAAAUAUAUUUCCUCGUAAAAAUACUUUAAAUACUGCCAUAUUAACUGCUGCCAGAUUUGAAUCAUUUACAAUUGAUUGUAUUCAAAAAUAAAGCUUUUUCGAAAGGCUACAAAAAUCUAUGACCACGUAAAGGCGUGAACGUCGAUACCACCACCUAUGUACUAUGCAUAGAUAUCGCUGAAAUAUUGAUACAUAUCGAUAAGUAAAUCAAUAUUAUAUGGUAAAGAAAUAAGUUCAUUUUUAAUGUUAAUACAAUAUGGGAAAAUUCACAUUAAUUGUAUAUUAAAUAUAUAAAUAUAUAUUUAUGAGAUACAUGUAUGACAAAGUUGUCAUUUUCAUGAUUAUUUCAAUUCGUAUUAUUAAAAAGAUUAAUUAACAACCGUAUCGAAAAAAUAUUGGAAUUUUUUCUUUCUACUGCCUCGUAGGCGCAUCAUACGGUAUCGAUAUCAACGCCAAUACGCGAGUACAUAAGUUUUGGUUGGAUUUAUUUUAAAUUCACUUGGAGUAACGAUCGAUGCAAAAUGAGAAUGAACGGCCAGCUGUUUAUCUCGCACCGUAUAUGUAUGUAUAUGCUAUUCGUGAAUUUUUUGUAAAAAUAUGAUUAUACAUAUAAACAUAAGAUUAAAGGAUAAGGAUAAGAAUCCGUUACGCGUAUUACACUGCCAAGACACCGAAAGAAAAAUUUAAGGGGAUAAUAUAAACAAUCAAAAGAUUCGAGAAAAGUGUUGUAAAAGGCGACUGAUCGAAAUGUGUAUGAAAAACUAUCGAAUGUAGACUUACCUAAUAAAAGCCGAAUCAAAACUUUUGUACAUAAACUUAUCGACAAAAAAUAAGAGGAAGAAAAAAGACACAAAAUUACAAAAAAUAUUAAUAAGACAAAAUCAAAAAUAUGUAUAAUACGUAUAAUACGUGUUUUUCGAUAAGACAUAAGAGAAGAAAACUAAGGAGAGACUUGUUAGCGAAUAAUCGUGCUACUUCGUAAACGAAAAUACUUGGAUACUUUUUGCGGAAUGAAAAAGAAAAGCAUAAAAAAAAGCAUAGAAAUCUUUCGUGGAAGAAAGAGGGCUGGGGGCCACGAGUGCGAUUACGCGAUAUCAUCAAGUAUGGACAAUCUAACUAUAUUCAAAAAAUACAAAAGUAAAAGAAAAGGAAAAGAAUAAAGAUUUAAAAACGCUGGAUAUAGUAUUCGUUAUAAAGGAAUGCGGAAAGGCAUUACUCGGGAGAGUUUACGAUGUUAAGAAAUUUAAAUAACAUAUAUUAUAUAUAUAUAUAUAUAUAUAUAUAUGCAUAUGUAUAUAUAUAUAUAUGUACAUAUACAUAUGAAUAUAUACAGAAAUACACAUAUGUGCAGCCACACAAUACACGCACUUACACUUACGCAGAGACACAUGCGCGAACAUUUAUACACGAUACAUAUUGUAAUGAAUUUAUUAUGACGGAUAUAAUUAUAUUUAUGUGACCUUUAGCUGACCUCGCGCUCUAUUAGAAAGAUACUUUAAAUAUACCUUCCGGUUGAGAGCGAGGCUGCCUGUUACGUUUAAUGUUUUUGUUGUCAAAUUGUAAAUAUAUAAACGAAAUACAUGGAGAAAUUAAUUGUA